AUGCGUGUUCACGAUGCUAUGAAAAGCGAAGAGGCCAACGAUGCCGCCUGGGAAGCAGCCAGAGGAGGCGUUGCAGGUGCUGUCAAGUGGGGAAUUGGUGCAGCGGUACUGGGUGCUGCUGGAUACCUCUGGUCGCCGCUAUAUCGAUCCAUGACGGUCCAAUUCAAAGUAUAUCUACAAAUGUGUGGCAUGGUGCCAGGAGCUAUGAUUGAGGCCGACUCACGACUCAGAGCUUAUGAGCAGCGUGUGAGAAUGGAGAGGAGAUUAAUGGGCGAUAGGGCUAAGUGGGAACGUUAUGAAGAGGAAUACCUCAAGGGUUCUGGCAAGUAA